AUUGAGUUGCACCCUGAUGGUCGUCAUGGCAUAGUUAGAGUAGACCGUGUUCCUUUGGCCUGCAAACUGGUUGAUCUCCCCUGCAUGAUUGAGUCACUCAAAACGGUGGACAAGAAGACGUUUUACAAGACCGCAGAUGUCUGCCAGAUGCUCGUGUGUACACUAGAUGGAGACCUUUACCCCCCUUUGGAAGAGCCAACUGGCACUGACCCUAAGACCAAAAAGAAGGAUAAAGACAAGGACAAGAAAUUUGUUUGGAAUCACGGCAUCACCUGCCCUCUGAAGAACACGCGCAAGAGGAGAUUUCGGAAGACUGCGAAAAAAAAGUACAUCGAAUCUCCUGAUGUGGAAAAGGAAGUGAAGAGAUUGCUGAGCACAGAUGCUGAGGCUGUCAGCGUCCGAUGGGAGGUUAUCGCAGAGGAUGAGUCCAAGGAAGCAGAUCAACACAGCUCUCUGGCCAACCUGGAUUCCUCACCUGGGACCUCAGGACACAAGAUGGGUUCUGCAUCACCAGUCCAGCAUGAUGAACUGAGGGAGAUCUUCAAUGACAUCAGCAGUUCAAGUGAGGACGAGGAGGACGAAGGGGACCGGCAUGAAGAUGAGGACUUGAAUAUCAUGGACACAGAGGAUGAUCUGGUCCAGCAGCUCCAGGACAAACUUAAUGAGUCCGAUUCUGCACAGAAUGAAAGUGAUAGAAACAACCAGAUAGUUAUGGAGUACCAGGUGCAGAUCAACAACAUUAAGGCCAAGCUUCAGGAAACUCGUGCCCGCAAGAAACAGCAGGAGGAGCUCAUCAUGAAAGUGGAAAACCAGGCCCUCAAAAACCGUUUCCAAGCCUUGUUGGAUGAGAUUAUUCAGCAGGAGGAGCGGGAGAUGGAGCAGCUGGCCUCCCUGCAGGAGCAGCUGGACUCACUGAUAGAGAAGUGACCACCAGGGGGCAGUCACAUGUCAUCUUCUGGCAUACAGGAAAGACAAGGAGGAGAAAAGCCUUCAUCCAGGGAGAAGAGAAUUUUUAUUGGAAGUUGCUGUGUCAUUCCUUUAAAUUUGUGAUUUUCCUAUUACACAGCACACAGAUUGGUUCACUCAAAGUUUGUGUUUUUAAGUUGACAAAAUGCGUUUGUAGUUACUGUGUGAUUAAACUGUUCCACCUCA